ACCAAUAAACAUAAAUAAAUCCUGAAAGUUGAAACAAUGGUCACAACAUUGCCCGCAAUCAGAUACUCGAAACAUAGGCUUAUGGCAAGCAGGGUGCAGUUAACCUGGUGGCUCCGCCUGAUAUUGGCGGCGGCCGCCAUCUCGGCCGCGAGGACAGCACCGCAGACUAAUCUUAUUACUAAAGGGUGCAGCCAGUAUAACGCUUCCGACGAAGCAGUUUUUCUGAACAACCUUAAUGCUACCUUCUCCGACCUCAGAAGUCAGCUGUCGGGCGGCAGACGGUUUGGAACGGCCCAGCGGGAGGAGUCUCCCGACCCGGUUUACGGCAUGGCCCAGUGCAGAAGCUACAUGACCCAACCGGAUUGCUUGGCCUGCUACGACUUCGCCGUCUCUCAGAUUCGAAACUGCUCCACCGUCGGAGCUCGCCUCGUUUACGACGGUUGUUUCCUCAGGUACGAGAGCUACAACUUCUACGAGCAGACGAUAGAAAACUCUCUAAUGUGCGGCGACAGAAGCGCAGCGCAGCAAAAUGCAUUCUCUGCAGCCGCACAGAAACUGCUAACCGACCUUCAAAUCGCAACACCAAGAGCUACGGGCUAUUCUGCAGCCAGCAAGAGGAUGGUCUCCAACGACGGGCUCACCAUAUAUGGGGCCGCCCAAUGUGCCGAAACAGUGAGCCAAAGUGGGUGCCAAGGCUGCUUGAAUGCUGCAUACGAGAGCUUAGACGACUGCUUCCCGGCUGCUGAAGGAAGGCUUGCUGAUGCAGCCUAUUUUAUGAGAUAUUCCGACACGCCCUUCUUCUCUGAUAAUCAGACCACAGACAUCGCGCCUUUACUAAGCGUACCAGGGAAUUCGAGCAAUGAAAAAGCUCUUGUAGGGGGCGUGGUGGGAGGUGUGGGCGGUGUUCUACUUUUACUUGCUCUCGUCUCGUGGUAUGCGUUUCACAGGAACGCGAAAGCAGCCUCAAGAGGUAACAUUUUGGGAGCAACUGAAUUGCAACAGCCAAAUGUGUACAGCUACAAUGAGUUGAAAGCAGCAACCGACAAUUUUAGUGAAGAAAAAAAACUAGGGGAAGGCAGUUUUGGUGUUGUAUACAAGGCGAGCUUAAGAAAUGGGAAGGUGGUAGCAGUGAAGAGGCUGGAUAUAAGUUACAGCAGAGCAAAGGCAGAUUUUGAGAGUGAAGGCAGGCUUAUAAGUAAUGUUCAUCACCGCAAUCUUAUCCGUUUGUUGGGAUGUUGCAGCAAAGGAUCGCAGCUGCUUCUCAUCUACGAGUACAUGGAAAACGGAAGCCUCGACACAUUCUUAUACGGUGAGAAGCGAGGAUCGCUGAGCUGGAAACAACGGUUUGAUAUGAUAUUUGGAAUAGCAAGGGGCAUUGCAUAUUUGCACGAGCAUUACCACGUUACCAUAAUUCAUCGAGACAUCAAGCCUAGCAAUAUUCUAGUGGAUAACGAGUUUCAAGCCAAGAUUGCUGAUUUUGGGCUGGCAAGGCUUCUGCCCGAGAAUCACAGCCACGUUAGCACUAAAUUCGCGGGCACCUUGGGAUACACAGCACCGGAAUAUGCUGUGCACGGCCAUUUAUCAGAGAAAGUUGACAUCUACAGCUUCGGAGUUGUUGUCCUCGAAAUCAUCAGUGGCCGAAGAUGCAGUGAUAUCGACACCAAUUAUUCUAACUCCACCUAUCUUCUUGAAGAGGCAUGGACACUAUACGAAAGUGGCAUGCAUCAGAAACUAGCGGACGAGAUGUUGGAUUGGAAGGAAUAUAGAGUGGAAGAAUUGAAGAAAAUGGUAGAAAUUGGUUUGAUUUGCACACAGUCGCCGGCAUCUUCGAGGCCAAGCAUGUCUGAAAUCCUGGCAAUGAUGUUAAGCGAUGGAGGAGACGAGCAGAGAGCUCCACGUAGGCCUAAUUCCACUAUUGAGGGCCAAAAUGCUUCACUUUCAUCAGCCUCUAAUGCCACUCUCUCCUUCACCAAUUACACAGGCCGCUAGAUUUCAACACUAAUAAUUAUGUAUAUAUCUUCUACUUCUUCUUCUUUUAUUAUAGAUUGAUGAAUAAAAAGGAAUGGUGCUGUGUGCUGUUUGGGUCAUUUGGUGAAUUUC